CAACAAACAAACCUAAGUGAUGUCAAAUGACGCUGUAGAAAUGAGUUUAUUGAUAUUUGCUGAAUUUUCCUACUGGCAAAAAUAAAAUUCAUGUAUAAUGUCUAUUUUAAAGACAAAAGAAGCCAGUAGGAGCGAAGUUUUAACUUCUGAAGAGUCUGAAAUAGUAGAUACAUUAAAUAGUUUAAGUUUGGAAGAAUGUUUGUUAAAUUUAAAAGAAAAACCCAAGUUAGCGUCCAAUACAAAAAACACACCAACUCAAGAUCAAGAAGGCAAGGAGGAAAGAUGGUGGUUGAAAAGACCUGAUACUAAGUUAAAAGUAUCGAGUUCUAAAAGAUCUGAAAUUAAAACCAGUGCUUCCAUGGAAAUUACUACCUCAUCUAUGAGAGAGUUUCUGGAAAAAGAAAGAAUGUGCAGGAGUCAGAAAGGUGAAUCUGCGGGAAAAGAUAAAGAUGAUACCUUGAAUGAUAUUUUAGCGGACUUGGAAAAUGCAACUGAUGAAGAGAUUGGAAGUCUAUUAGAGGAAAUGAGUAAAAGAGCAGGAGCUUAUAGUCCUAAUUUAACACCUAGUAAAUCAGGUGAAAUAAGUAAAGUAGUGACAGAAGAAGAAAAAUCUGUGGAGGAGUUGCUCGAGGAAGCAGAAAAACUUGUUAAGAAAGUUGGCCUAUCCAAGAGUGCAUCCAAGUCCGAUACACUGGUUCCUGAUAAUUCUGGAGCUCAUGAUGAUGAUGAGAAAGAAUCUACAAGUAAGUUAGAAGAUGAUAUUUUUCAUUUACUCGAACAAGAAGUUCAUAAAGAGACUGAAAAAAUAAAAAACAGCCCCAAAAUUGAAAAAAAUUAUUCUCCAAGCCCCGACUGUGUACUAGUUUAUGAGGAUACUCAUUUUUUGAAACCACUUAAGAGUUUAGAAUUACAGAAAAAAAGAUUCGAGGAACAGAAAGUUGAGAUUUCUAGCAGUUCAGAUUUAGAUGAUCCUAUCGAAAAACAUUCCAAGUCUGAAGAUUUAAAACGAAAAAAAUCUGUUGAUGAAGAAAAUCUUCGUAAAGAAAUUACUGAUAUCGAAAAGGAUUUUUUUGAUAACUUACUUCGCAAAUCCAGGGAUAAAGCGGAAGGAAAAAUUUCUGGUAGUUCUUCGUUCGGUCAGGAAGAUUUUUCGCAUUUUUUAAAAAUUCUCCAGAAUAAAUCUGAUAAACAAAAUAACGCUGAAAUGCCGGGUUCAUCUUCAGGAAGGAAUUGUGGUCUCGAUUUGAUGGAUGGUUUACCAAAUGAUCCAAAGAAUGCAGUAUUUCCAGAGAAAGAAAUUACAGAAAUUCUUGAGAAGGAAUUAGUUAAAGUUCAGGGUUUCAGUACGGAUAGAAUCAAUUCGAAUGCAAAUGGUAAUGAUGAUAAGACUAUGAAUAAAAAUGAUAAUAAAUCUAAAUCUAGGCAGUCUAGCAUAGAUCGAUCGGAAAAAAUAGAAAAAACACAAAAAAAUUAUUUACAGCAGGAAGUUAAAAAGGUUAUCGGUGCUUCUAAUGAACUGUAUACUGUUGAACUUACACCACGACUUGAAUUAUUUGCUGAUGCUAUUCCCAAACUCAUAGCAGAAAAAUCUUCCGAAAGUUUAUCCAAAAAAGAAAAAGAAGUAACUAAAGAAGACAAAGAGGUCUUUAAUAGUAAUAACAAUGCAAAUUCAAACAAAAUAAGUUCAGAAACUAUUCAUUCAAAAGGUUCAAAUGAUAACGCUGUGGUUCCCAAGAAACCAAAAAAUUCAAAACUCUCUGUAAAAAAAACUACAUCAAAGUUAGGGCCGUCCAGAAGUUAUGAUCAGCUUCCUAAACCCAUGACAAAUUUUCGAUCGUCUUUAGAUGAUGUAAGAAAUACUAAAUCUGCUGAAACACUCAAGAAAUCAACUUCUUCCAAACUCCCAGCUACUAGACCAAAAAUUUGUGAACAAAAACAUCCCAUUUCUAAUGUUUUAGCAUCAAAAGUUAAAUUUUCUAUAAAACCAACUAGUCCAAAACAAUUUAAUCCAACUUCAAAGUCUUCAACUUCAAAAGGAAAGAGUAGUGAAACAAUUGUUAAGCAAUUUUUACAUUCUGGAGAUUCAAGAAAACAUUUAAGUAAGGAUGAAUGGGAAAUUUUAUGCCAUGAAGAAAGACAUAAAAAUGUUUUAUUAAAAAAUCAAAUUGAAGCUGAAGCAAAAAUGUAUAAGCAACAGAUGGAUAGCAUGAGAAUAAGUUUUGAAGAAGAACUCUUUGCUCUGAAAAAACAAAAUAUCAUUUUAAAGGCGAAAAUUGAUGAACUUUCAAUGAGUGAGAGAAAAGAGAAAAGAAUGGAAGUAGUCAAUUCACAAGCUAGUACCAGAGUAAUGCUAUUAGAAAAAGAACUGGAGAGGCAAGAAAGUCUCAUAAGAACUUAUGAAACAGAAAACAAAAGGCUUAUGGAAGAAACUAAAAAAUUACAAGAAGAGUUGAAAAAAGAGCAGUCUAAAGUGAAGGUGAAAGAGCCUACUGUUAAUGCUAAUGAAGUUCAAAAACUAAAUGAUGUUAUAAAAGACUUGAAAGAACAAAUUUUAAAGUUGAAUUACGAAGUUACAGAUUUAAAACAGAAAAAUAAUGAUAUUGUUAUUAAAAAUGAUGAUAUGACACAGCAAAAUGGUCUUCUUCAAGAUGAACUAUUCAUGUUCAAAGAACAAUUAAAAACUAAAGAUAAAUUUAUUACGGAUAAACUUCAAUCUUUGAGUCUCGAAGAAAUGGAAACUCGUAAGAAAAUGGACGAAAUGAAAGCAGAGCUGAAAUCAAAAACAGAAAAAUUAAAAAAUACAGUAGAAGAGUUUGAUAAAUUUCAACAGGCCGUUGUUCCAUUAGAAAAAGAGCUUUUAGAACUUAGAGUGAAAGAAAAAGCUUUACAAGAGAAGCUUCAAGUAUCAAAAAGCCAUGUAGAAAGAGAAAAAGUUUUGACUCAGAAAUUGAAAGAUCAAGUUAUUCUAGAUAACAAAAAGAUUUUAGAUUUAAAUCGACAAGUGAGAGAAAUGGAGAGAAUUGUAAAAAGGAAGAAUCCAGAUUCUGUUUCAGCUUUGAUUCUUUCUGCUAAAACGAAUGGUGAAAAAAUUAAUUUGGAGAAGAUCAAACUUCUGGAAGAUAGAAUAGCUUCAUUAGAAGGUGAGUUAGCAGCGAAAGAAGAAAUUGGUAAUGAAAAAUUGAAUGAAUUACAAAAAAAAUAUAAAGAUAUGCAAGAAAAAUAUAUUAAUCAAAUUUCUGAAUUGGAAGAGAAACUUUCUGAAGCUUUGCAACGAGAAAAUAAGAUUCUUCAAGACUCUUCGGUACAAACUGAUAACCAAUGUGUAGAAAAUAAAUGUAAUGAGAUGAAAAGAGAAGAAAAACAUUCUCCUGUUGACAGAGAUGAUCGGAAUGGAAAACGUGAUAAUAAACCUGGUCCUAAAUCUCAAAAUUGCAAAGAAGAUGCACAUUUGAUUGCCACGAUUAGAGGAUUGAAAUUUGAGUUGGCUAACAAAGAUAAAGCGUUUGCUAAACUUAAUAAGGAACUUCAGGAAUUGCAGAAAACUAACAGAAAGCUUGUAAAAGAGAAAGAAAAACUCGUCAAUGAAAAGAAGAAUUCGAAAGUAUUUGAUAAUGAUAGAGGAAAAAUUCCUAAUCACCAAAAUGAUAAUGAUCAAAAUUCUAAUGUCUAUCAAAAUGGACAUAUUUCUAACAGUCUUUCUAAACUUUCCGGAUCUUCUCAAAAACUUUACGAUCCCUUACAGUAUUCUGAAAAUGGUGAAAACUCAACAGUAAAAAGGUUGAAUGAAGAGAAUGAAUUUUUAAAAGAAGAAAUAAAUAAAAUAAAUAAGGAUUUCAUGAGUCUAAAAAAUAAAAGACUCCAUGAUUUGAACUUACUUCAAGAAGAACAUGAAAGAGAAGUUGCAAGUCUUGUCAAAGAAUAUAGUGUUAAAUUCGGGGAUUCAAAAGUUGUUAAACUCCAAGGACAGAUUAACACUCAAAUGGCUUUGAUUUCUCAUUUGAAGCAACAAAUUGAAAGUUUGAAGGAUUACAAAGAGCAAGUUUUGGUUUUAAAGGUUGAGCGGGAGCAUUUAGAAAAUAAAGUCAAGAUAUUAAAUGAAAAAGUUAGAUAUCUUUCUACUCCAGGUACUGAGCAAUUACAAUUGUUGCAAGAAAAAAUUACAAUUCUUCAGCAAAGGCAUGAGAGUCGUGAAAUGACUUUACAAACUUUGGUGCGAGAACUUUUGAGAAAUAGAAAUCAGUGUAGAGAUUGUAAAAGUGAUGGAAGGGGAAAAAAUCGACAACUUUGUUACUUUAGGCAAGAGUUAGAUCAUAUCUUAGGAAUGUUACAAGAGAUUGCUAAUGUUUAAUAGGUGAUAAAUGCAUUUUUUAACUAAAAUAACUUACUCGUUUUCAAAUAUUCAUACCAGAAUAAUGAUGAUAGCCAAAUAUUUCCGAUUUCCAAUCGAUCUUUUAUUUAUAUUUAUUUGUAUUCUUAAUGAUAAUUAUUUUAUAAUGUUAGGGGAACUUUUCAAUGAUUCUAUCAAAAUGAUAUUUUGUAUAAAUCUUUUAGUCUGAUUAUGUAUGGUCGAUUGGAAUCACUGCCAAAGAAUAUACUGCUGGAGUUGAUAAAAACUUUGGCAUUUAUUUUAAUAUUAUCUCUAAUACAGUCGAUGUAUGUUGUAAUCUUGCCAUUCUAUCUUACAAAAAGUAAUAUAGAGGAUCAUCAUAAUUUAAUUCUUCUAGAUAACAAUUUUUUAAUUUUUAAUAUUUUUCAUAGGAAUUUGUUGAUAAUUUUUAUUGUAAAUAUUGUAUGUGAAUUUUUUUUUAUUA